CCCGUCGCAGACCCUCAACAAUACAAUGCCACGCAAUCGGCGUCGGAGUGUGAAUGUGCGCGCGACCCUUCUCAGUGAAGUUGACUCAAGUUUGACGCGCCGGUUGCGUGCAGACGAAAAGACAGCAGCUCCAAAGGCGCUAUCAACUAUGCAGGAUAUUUCUGGACCGAAUUCACCGCUUUAGGCGUGAUAAGACGUCCGGCGCCUCCGCUCGCAUGUGUGACCAUGACGGCAAGCAUAUUAUACUCAGCCUGCAUUUAGUCCGAGUGUUCUUCAAUCAUCCGAGGAGUUGAAUACGUUUUUGGAUCAGGACAUAACCCGUGUGUGUUUCUAUGAGCGUUUUCGUGCGCGCGCCACGCGUCAACAAGUGGAUGGAAACUUUUUCUUGAUAUGCUUGGAGCGAGUAGUUCUCGGUAACUGUAAAGUGUGGCAAUUGGGGCAGUUAAAUCGUCUAUUUUUUUUUUCGAAGUUUAUUGUCGGCAUGAGUGAGCCGGGAACUUUCCACAUGUGUGUGGCACUUUUAUUUUUCCUGAGCGCAGGAGCAGCGGUGAGAGCUCAUGUUUCCAUGGUCAAUGUCAUAAGGGGAAACAUCAGAAGAGAUGAUGUGUACCGAAAGGAGGACAACAUCACAGUUACACCACCAGGGGGAGUCAUCCAUAGCCCUCGUUUCCCCAACUCGUAUCCACGCAAUCUGCUGUUGUCAUGGACCUUGGUGUCGCCACCGGGAAGUCGGAUACACCUGGAGUUUGACGGUCACUUUGGCCUGGAGGAGGCGGAGAACAAUGUUUGCAGGUAUGACUUUGUUGAGGUGGAGGACCAAUCACAGACCAGCACUAUCAUUUGGGGUCGUUGGUGUGGACAGAAAGCACCGCCUAGUCUCAACUCCAAAUCUAACAUCCUCAAAAUAACCUUCAAAUCUGAUGAUUACUUUGUUGCAAAGCCGGGAUUUAAAGUCUACUAUUCUUUUCUGCCUGGCACUCCUCUGCCUGCAUCCCAAACCAACUGGGAGGCCGUCACCAUGUCGGAUAGCAGUCCUGUGGGACCGGCAGCAGUCACAGAGGUUCCUCUCUCAUUAGAUGACCUGGAUCGAACCAUUGCGGCCUUUGACACUGUGGAACAGCUUUUGAGAUCGCUGAACCCAGACACUUGGAAACAGGACCUGGACAGCAUUUACACACAAACACACAUUCAUUAUCGAUCCAGGGCUUAUCAUCUUGCAAGCAGGCACAACAAAGUUGACCUGAAUCGCCUUCACGAUGACGUACAGCGCUACAGCUGCACCCCUCGCAACUAUUCUGUGAACCUGCGUGAGGAGCUCAGGGCCACCAACGCCGUCUUCUUCCCCCGGUGCUUGCUGGUCAAGCGCUGCGGCGGCAACUGUGGAUGUGGCACUAAUAAUUGGAAUAACGGCUGCACGUGUCAGGCCUCGAAAACCACGCUCAAACUACACGAGGUGCUCAAGUACGCCCCAGAGACCUCUCUGUACCAGCGCCGCCGCAGGAUAAGGCCGCGCUGGGUCAUCGAUGAGAUCUUCCUCACGCACCACGACAAGUGUGAAUGUGCCUGUCCCUCGCAACCUCCUCGCUGAGACACUGACCCAAACUAUCUUGAAUCGUUGGACACAUUUUGCCAUGAACUUUUUAGACACCCAGAUAUGCAGUAAAUGCGGAGAAGAAAUGAUUUGACGGAUGAGGCACAGCUUGUGUCAUUUCCUAACAGUAAGUACUUCAGAGGAAUAAUCAUGAAACUCAACUAAUAGUCAACCCGUAUUGAACUGUGCAAAUACGUGUGAUCGCACGAGUUUAGCGGAUCUUCAGAUGUCUUUUUCUGCCGCUGGCAAAGGAAGGGCGGAGGUAUUUGAAUCCAAGCUGUCAUUCGAACAUUAAGACUAAAAAAAAAAGCAUGUGGAAUUCCCCUCCCUGCUAAUUUCCCACAAAGCCCGUCUUUGUUUUGCACACAUUCCUGUCUGCAAGAAUUCCAGCAUCUCUUUGUCCUUCACACCCUCUGUAGCGUUCCCUCCCUUUUGUUUCCCCCUCACUGUCUCUUCGAACACACGGAGAACACUUACACACACGCACACACACACCCUCUCCUAUCACUGACUGCCAAACACACGAGAGAUGUCUGCACAGGCUACUGCACUCUGCCCAGUUUUCUGAGCACCCCAGGCAUUCCAGCCGCAAAGAGGGAAUUCUGCUCACACCACGCACCUCAGAUAUGAAAGGCAGAGAGGAAACCAUCUGGCGGAUGUUCGCUACAGUAUUUCUUCAUAAUAUCCACGAUACUGGCGUGUAUGGGCAAUCGUGGGACACCCCUAUGUUUCAAAGAAUCAUGAAUGCAUCAUUUUGAGGAAGGCCUUUUUCUUUUACGGCAUCACUGCGCCUCAAUGCACAAAGAAAUAUAAAUCAACAUGGAUGAAUGGAUUUCAGAAUCACUCUCGAGCCCCGACUUCAAUCCCUCCACACACCUUUGGAAUGAACGAGAACAGAGCUUGCGAUUAGGCCCCCUUCAGGUGACGUCUAACCUCGCGUAUGUUCUUCUAUAUAAUUGGGCAGACUUUAACAUCUUAGAAAGACCUCCCAGGUGGCGAGUGUAGAAGAUGGUUGACCUAUAACUGGUGAGCCAACUCAAUAUUUUUCUGCCAUUUUCACCUUCAGCUAGCCUGCUCAUGUUUGCAUUUUCAAUUGCCGAGAAUGAGUUUCUUCUUACGCACGCGACUCGGUAAUUAACACUUUAAAGCAUAUUUUCAUGCAAAUUAGAUGCUAUUUUUCGUGUAUGUGUGAGUUUGUGCGCCCGUGCCCGUGCUUGCGUGUCUGUUUGGAUGAAGAAGCGCUUUAGGUGUGGAGAAGGCUCCCGACAGAAAGAAAGCGGUCAGCCCAAGUAACCUUUGCGACAGCAUGUGAGACAGUGUGCAAGUACGGGGCCGUUUUGUGAGUGUUGAAGCAUCACACGUACACACACAUUAAAUUUUAAAUGAGAACAGUCUAUUGUCUUUCAGCCAUUGCCUCCCAUGUGUCUUGGACAAUAGAAAAUUAUACUGACUCCAAAGCCAUCUGAUCUGAGUCUGAUUCCUUGCGAUGUCAAAUGUUUGAGCUGUUUUUGUCUGAGGUAGAAUUGAUAGAGCGCAGUUAGUAGAAAGUCUGCAACAGCUGCAUUAAAAAAAAAAACAAACAGAAACACGGGGAUUUCUGUGUUUCUGGUUUCAAAUCUAUUGUACAGUUGAAUAGCUCCUUUUGCUACCACAGUGAAAUCUGCUGGAUCCCCGAGUUGACCGUAAUACACAUCAACACAAAAAAACAACUAGUCACAGGUCAUUUCUUUAGGCUACUAACCACUGUACAUGCUCAGCUGCUUACACGAGCUUCCGUAUCUCUUGACCUAAUGGCCAAUUUUAUUUGAACGCAAAGUAAAUGCCCCUUGUCGCUCGUAAGCCGGAUAGCCAUCCAGUCAUAAGUCAUCAUCAACUUUUGAUAAAUGUUGUAUUCCUGAGGAGAAGGUCAAUUCUAACAAUAUUUGUCUGUAUGUUUGUGCGUGCGCUGCGUCUUUCAGCGUGCCAGUGUUGUGAGGACACAACAGAGUGGCUGUCGGUAAAUACCGGAACAAAAUCCAGUGGGACGACAAGGCAUUUAAAGCUACUUUUUCAACAUCACUUCAACCACAUAAAGUUCGUCUAGUUUUGCAGAUUUACAUCUUCUUUGCCCCCCCUUGACUCAUUCGUGCCUCACACAUAUGGCUCACACAAACUGAUCAGCCCUGAACACAAACUGAUCAGCUCUGAAUCCAGUGAAUGUUUGGAUGAGAAAAAAAAAUGCUGCUUUUGCUGUCUUUGCAAUAUUCAUGACAAACCCGCCGGCUUUAAUUUAUUGUCUUUCUCAGUUGUUUUGUUUGGGGGGGAUGGGGGGGAAAUCAGCUGGAUGGUUUUGAUAAAUAAAAGUAUUUGUUGCAUCAGUGA